AUGAAUCCUUCUAUCUUGGUCUUUUUAGCCUUAGUGGCUUUGAUUCAUGCCGCGCCUCCUACCAGCAACAUUAAGAGCCAAUGGCAAACCUUCAAGUUGCAGCACCAUAAACAGUUUAACUCGGAAAUUGAAGAACGUAUUCGCAUGAAUGUUUUUGAGGAAAAUCAUCAGAAAAUCCUCAAACACAAUGAACUGUAUGCCAAAGGAAAGGUAUUCUAUAAAUUGGAAUUAAAUCAAUUUGCCGAUCUGAUGCAGCAUGAAUACAAAUCAAUGAUGAAUGGCUUCAACCACACCGCAUAUAAGGCGGCUAUGCAUAAAGGUUCGAUGGGCAGCACAUUCAUGCCUCCUGCCAAUGUCGCCCUCAUGGAAGAGAUGGACUGGCGUAGUAAAGGUGGUGUAACUCCCGUCAAAAAUCAAGGUCAAUGUGGUUCCUGUUGGUCUUUCUCCGCCACUGGGGCUUUGGAGGGCCAGUAUUUUCGAAAAUCAGGCAAUUUAGUUUCGUUGAGCGAACAGAACUUGGUUGAUUGCACUACCUCAUAUGGCAACAAUGGUUGCGGCGGCGGAUGGCCCAGCAGUGCUUUUCAAUAUAUUGCCGACAAUGGGGGCAUUGACACUGAGGAUUCCUAUCCCUAUGAGGCCAUCAAUGAUAAUUGCCGUUACAAUGCCAACUCCGUAGGGGCUACUGAUUCAGGAUUUGUUAGUAUUCCCCCAGGCGAUGAGGAGUCAUUGAAGCAAGCAGUAGCCACAACAGGCCCUGUCUCCAUUGCCAUUGAUGCCUCACUGCAAUCUUUUCAGUUUUAUAGCGGAGGUGUUUAUUAUGAUCCCUCAUGCAGUUCGGAGAAUUUGGAUCAUGCAGUCUUGGCGGUUGGCUAUGGGACUGAUAGUGCAUCAGGUCUAGACUAUUGGUUGGUGAAGAACUCUUGGGACAGUACAUGGGGUGACGGAGGUUACAUCAAAAUUGCUCGUAAUCAAGGCAAUCAUUGUGGUGUUGCCACUGCUGCUUCAUUUCCCACUGUGUAGCGAAUAUGGUGGAUAAGAAAAAUGUGUGUCUCAUAAAAGAGUUUGCAGUAGUUUUUUAA